UGUGUGGUGGGGUGUGUCCUGCAGGGCAGGAGCUGGGAUUCAGUUACAGCAGCAGGGGCCAGGAGUAGGGAGGCAGAGACUGGCCCUGUGCCAGGCCCAGCACUGCCCACAGGCAGGGUGAAGGCGCGGGAGCGGUUUCCAGCAGCUGUACAGGUAGCCAGGCGUUGGUCUCCAGCCUGAGAACUCUGGCUCUUGUUCCUUGUGUCAUCCCAUAUUCCUGCCUGGCCUAGGAUGGACAUCAGCAAGGGCCUCCCAGCCAUGCAGGGAGGCCUCCACAUAUGGAUCACUGAGAACCAGAAGAUGGUGCCGGUACCCGAGGGGGCUUCCGGGAACUUUUUUGAGGAACACUGCUAUGUCAUCCUCCACGUUCCCCAGAGCCCGAAGGCCACGCAGGGGCCGCCCAGCGACCUGCACUACUGGCUCGGGAAGCAGGCGGGUGCGGAGGCGCAGGGCACGGCGGCCGCCUUCCAGCAGCGCCUACAGCAGGAGCUGGGGGGCCGGACCGUGCUGCACCGCGAGGCGCAGGCCCACGAGUCCGAUGGCUUCUGCAGCUACUUCCGCCCGGGAAUCAUCUACAGGAAGGGAGGCCUAGCGUCUGACCUCAAGCAUGUGGAGACCAACUUUUUCAACAUCCAGCGACUGCUGCACAUCAAAGGGAGGAAGCACGUGUCUGCCACAGAGGUGGAGCUCUCCUGGAACAGCUUUAAUAAGGGUGACAUCUUCCUGCUGGACCUAGGCAAGAUGAUGAUCCAGUGGAAUGGGCCCAAGACCAGCAUUUCUGAGAAGGCUCGGGGGCUGGCCUUGACCUACAGCCUCCGGGACAGGGAACGUGGUGGUCGCGCACAGAUUGGUGUAGUGGAUGAUGAGGCCAAAGCCCCAGACCUCAUGCAGAUCAUGCAAGCUGUGCUGGGCCGCAGGGUGGGCAGCCUUCGUGCCGCCACGCCCAGCAAGGAUAUCAACCAGCUGCAGAAGGCCAGUGUUCGCCUGUACCAUGUCUAUGAGAAGGGCAAAGACUUGGUGGUCGUGGAGUUGGCGACUCCCCCACUGACCCAGGACCUGCUGCAGGAGGAGGACGUCUACAUCCUGGACCAGGGUGGCUUCAAGAUCUAUGUGUGGCAGGGACGCAUGUCUAGCCUCCAGGAGAGACAGGCUGCCUUCAGCCGGGCUAUGGGCUUCAUCCAGGCCAAGGGCUACCCGACCUACACCAACGUGGAGGUGGUGAACGACGGCGCCGAGUCGGCCGCGUUCAAGCAGCUCUUCCGGACUUGGUCUGAGAAGCGGAGCAGGAACCAGAAGCUCGGCGGGAGGGAUAAAUUGAUUCAUGUAAAGCUGGACGUGGGCAAGCUGCACACCCAGCCUGAGUUAGCGGCCCAGCUCAGGAUGGUGGACGACGGCUCUGGGAAGGUGGAGGUGUGGUGCAUGGAAGACUUACAUAGGCAGCCCGUGGACCCCAAACGUCAUGGACAGUUGUGUGCAGGCAACUGCUACCUUGUGCUCUACACAUACCAGAGGCUGGGCCGUGUCCAGUACAUCCUGUACCUAUGGCAGGGCCACCAGGCCACUGCAGAUGAGAUCAAGGCCCUGAACAGCAAUGCUGAGGAGCUGGAUGUCAUGUAUGGUGGUGCCCUAGUGCAGGAGCAUGUGACCAUGGGCAGCGAGCCCCCCCACUUCCUCGCCAUCUUCCAGGGCCAGCUGGUGAUCUUCCAGGAGAGAGCUGGGCACCAUGGAAAGGGGCAGUCAGCGUCCACCACGAGGCUUUUCCAUGUGCAAGGCACUGACAGCCAAAACACCAAGACCAUGGAGGUGCCAGCCCGUGCCUCGUCCCUCAACUCCAAUGACAUCUUCUUGGUGGUCACAGCCGGUGUCUGCUACCUCUGGUUUGGGAAGGGGUGUAAUGGUGAUCAACGUGAGAUGGCACGGGUGGUGGUCACUGUCAUUUCCAAGAAGAACGAGGAAACAGUGCUGGAGGGUCAGGAGCCUCCCCACUUCUGGGAGGCCCUGGGAGGCCGGGCCCCCUACCCCAGCAAGAAAAGGCUCCCUGAGGAGGUUCCCAGAUUCCAGCCACGCCUGUUUGAGUGCUCCAGCCAGAUGGGCUGCCUGGUCCUGGCAGAAGUGGUGUUCUUCAGCCAGGAGGACCUGGACAAGUAUGACAUCAUGUUACUGGACACCUGGCAGGAGAUCUUCCUGUGGCUUGGGGAAGCUGCAAGUGAGUGGAAGGAGGCAGUGGCCUGGGGCCAGGAGUACCUGAAGACCCACCCAGCAGGGAGGAGCCCGGCCACACCCAUCGUGCUGGUCAAGCAGGGCCAUGAGCCUCCCACCUUCACUGGAUGGUUCUUCACUUGGGACCCCUACAAGUGGACCAGCCACCUGUCCGACACGGAAGUGGUGGAGGGCAGCCCGGCAGCAGCAUCAACCAUCUCUGAGAUAACAGCAGAAGUCAACAACUUCCGGCUAUCCAGAUGGCCGGGCAAUGGCAGGGCAGGUGCCGUGGCCCUGCAGGCCCUCAAGGGCUCCCAGGACAGCUCAGAGAAUGAGCUGAUGCGGGGCCCCAAAUCGGGUGGCACCAGAACCAGCAGCUCUGUCAGCAGCACCAGCUCCACAAUCAACGGGGGCCUGCGCCGGGAACAACUGAUGCACCAGGCCGCUGAGGACCUGCCAGAGGGCGUGGACCCUGCCCGCAGGGAGUUCUAUCUCUCAGACUCUGACUUCCAAGAUAUCUUUGGGAAAUCCAAGGAGGAAUUCUACAGCAUGGCCACGUGGAGGCAGCAGCAGGAGAAAAAGCAGCUGGGCUUCUUCUGACCCCAAGCCCUCUCGACUGCCCCUACCCCCCCCCCCCCGCAACAUACCUACAAUGCUGGGGAGGCCCUGCUUCCACUCCCCUCAGAGGCUUCUGGCCAUCCUCUGCUUGUCAGUAAAAGCAGGCAGUCCAUA